AUUUGAUCCUUUCCUCUGCGUCUGGCCAAACCUAGUUUACAAUAGACACGCAAUGAAUCAAUGUUGGGGACUAGAGUCACCAAUGCGACGUGAACAAGGAACACACACUCUAAGGCCCUUGCAGCGGUAACCACUGUGAAUGCUCUUGCGUGGCCCUCAGUAUCUCGAAGGCGGAUCUGUGCCCAAUAGGCUGUAUUCAUUGUUCCAUUGUUCUUGUGCCACGAGACCGCAGGAAACCACCGCCUUGGCCAGUGGCACAAACCGCCUAUAAAUUGGACGGCAAAUCACCUCGUGCCCUUUCAUCCCUCUUCUUUCUGUACUCGCACCUCUCUCAGUAUACUUCAUAUACAGCACAUCUACGUUCUCUACAAUGGGUCAAGGCUGGCUCGUUGUCAAUCUGGAUAAACACGAAGUGCUCUCCGAAUACGCUGCAAAGUUAGGUGAAGAUCUGCCGACGGGAGCAUACAGCAAACUCGCAAAUCUCCUUGCCCGUCCGGUUGGCGGGCGCACGAUGGAUAGAAAAGAUCUGGAUGAGAAGGUUGAGGAGAUGAAGGAUCGCGGGUCAAGAAGCCCACCACGCAGCAAACGCAACAAUUCCAGUCCUCACAAUAGACUUACCGACAAGACUGGAUCUAGGCUCGUGUCUCAUGGUGCAAUGCAAAAGUUACCGAAAGAGGUGCUCGGUAUGAUCUUCGCGGGAUUUGAUGAGUACGAAGACAUCAUGCGACUAAGUCUUACGAACACCACGCUUUUCCUCAUCGGUUAUAAGUGCAUUCAGAAGAGGUAUAUGCACGAGAUACCCUCAUGGGCGGGAGACCGUUUGAUAUGUCUUGGGGAAUACACUGAUGCUGAAGACCUUCCGGAGGGCGUCUUCAAUGAAGAAGAGACGACAGGGAUCAAACAACUCUUCGUGGAGCCCGAUGACGAGGACGAGGAAGAACCCACCUGCGUAUGGGAUUACUUCCGACAGAAUGGCGGCGAGUUCAAGAAAGCCAAGCAGUUUACGGGUGCAGGCAAAGAUUCUUUCAAGUUCUUAAGACGUGACUUGAAGCUGAAGGACCACGGGAUGCUCGAAUACCAACUAUUCUACUACCUGAAUAAACCCCGACCAGAUUACAGUGAAAACGGCACCUGGGUCCUUUGCAACCUCUCGAAGCGCGAAUACGUAGACACAGGCGCCAUAUCCACAUUGACUGACAAGAACCCGCGUGGUCCAUUCUUUGAGGGCAGGAUGACCCUCGGAGAAGUUCUCGUUUCACGAAUCUGCUGGUCCACCGAUGCCUCAACUUCGCUGGUGUACGAAGGCGACAUCCACCGCGGCGCAUGGGCGGGUGACAGAUUCGAAAUCACCACAGUGGAAAAGCUAAAACCUAACCAGGCCGGAUCUCAAUGGAAAAAUGUCAGCGAUGAAAUAGUGAAGGAGAUGGAAGCCAUUUGGCAGGGUGAAUAUGGGGAUGAUUGGAGGAAACGUGCUUGAAUUUUGAUCCUGACAUCGCGUCCUAAUGUUAUGAUAAACAGCCAGUGAUAUAAUAUAGUUAUAGUCAAGACCACUUUGGUCCAUACGAUAACUGGUACUAAGCAAGUUCAUUCCGCCUCACGUACUACCUGGGAAUGGAUCCGGAACAGAGAAUAAAUGCUACACUUAGGAUUACAUGUCGGGUUGGGCAUACAUGAAUUGAUCAUAAGUCAUCCCAGAGACCUGCCCCUUGCCGUCUUCAUCAAGCAUCUGAAAGCGCUCAGUAUGCUCCUUGAUCUGAGCACAGAUGCGCAUGAAACGAGAGAAGGAUAAUCCAUUCUGAAGAC